AGGGGGAAAUCUGUGUUCGGAAAAACCACCUUAUAACCGUCGUCGUGUGCGCCAAAAUACACGGCUGAGCGUGCAGCAACGGGGGAAACUCUCGUGAUUUUGGGCGUUCGGGCCGAGGGUUUUUUUUGGGGGCAAAUCUCUCGCAACCAUUUUCGCGACCGUGCGCCGCGAUCGUGCGUGCGUGAGAAGCAACAGUCGUCAAUGGUCGGUCCGCCACCGACGUACGCAGUGCAACCACUCCGGAGCAGUGCCGUGCUGGGGGUGCAUUUUCCGAUAGGUACAGAGCAAUAGGGACGAAAGAAAAAGGAGAAGAAAGGAGCAAAAAGAACGGAUACACACGGUGCGACAAACCGUCAGUCACGUCAUCGGUAUUCCGAGCAGUCUCGGGCUUCUUCUGGGCAAAUCAUUCAGCAUUCAUAGACAAAAAACACAACGGUGCCUUUGGUGAAAACGAACGGUAGCAGCGAUAGUACAUUUAGAAAACAGUGCCACAAACAAUUGACCGUGAAUCAGAAGCAACGAGAGCAAGCUUGAGUUUGUCGCCCACCUGACUCACAAGUGCCCAACCUGACUCCAACCGGUACAUAAUGCCGGUAAACAGCCGUCCCCCGUGGCUGAAGGAUCGUCUCGAGACGGUAAACAAAUCCGUACCGCCGGCCUGGGCACGCAAAGCCAGCGUCACGCCCGCCACUGACACAAAGGAAUCGUCACCCUCGUCAAAAGCGACCGCAACGGAAAGCUCGUCGGCAAAAGCUUCGUCACCAGCGGCCGCCACCACGGCCGUCAAGAAGCCGGCUGCCAGCAGUACCGUGCCGGCCAAAGAAAAUGGUGACAAAGCGGCGGCAAAGCCCACAACGACGGCCAAGCUGCAGUCGAAAGAAAUUAAGGUGCCUGUUGUAGUGGCACAGAAAAAGCCCGUCAAUCCUCCGCUCACCAAACCGGCCGAACCGGCCACAGGGCUCAAAAACACGACACCCGUCAUGACGGUACACCGGGAGGUUGCUAAGCCGAAACCGAAACCCUUGGCCAAGGAACCAACACCCGAGUCCGACGACGAGGAGGAUGAAGAGGAAGAGGAGGUAGAGGAAGAGGAGGAGGAAGAGGAGGAGGAAGAGGGAAGCACGGAGUACGAAACGGAAACAGAGUCCGAGGAAGAGCCGGCGCCACCGGUGAAGCCGGCACCGAAGAAGCCCGAACCGGCGAGCACCCUGAAGCGCCCAGAUGACGCAUCAUCGCAGCCACCGCCGAAGCUACCGGUGCAGCUGCGCAAAGUGACGCCAACGAGGAGCCCCGACAAGUCGGACAGCGAAAGCAAACCCUCCUCGAGGUCGGUGUCCGAGAAGUCGUCCUCGCCGGAGCCGAAACCAUUCAUCAGACCGCCGCUGAAGAAGGUGGUCCGACCGCAGCAAGAUCCACCGCCCAAGGAGCGAUCGGUAUCGCCCGAGCCGGCCAAAAACUUCCGCGUGCAGCUGCGCAAAGUGCCCUCCAAUCUGAAGGCGCCGCGCGUCAAGGAGAAGCUGCCCGAGGUGCAGCUGAAAAAGGUGGAGAAGCCGCUGCUGGAGGACAUACCGAAGAAGGAGGAAGCCUAUCCGCACAAACCGUCGAUGCUGAAAUCGGAAAGCAGUAAAAGAAUUCCGCCACCACCACCGAUGCCAAAGUCGAACAUACCACCACCGCCUCCACCGCCGCCGAGCUUGAAGCCUCCGCCGGACUUUGAAAAGAAGGAAAUAUCCGACAAACAGAAGGAGGUGCUAGACAAGCUAAAAUCGCAUCCGAUCAUAAACUCCAAAUCGAUCACCAAGGUCAAGGAUCAGUUCAUCUUCGAGACGGAAAAGGCUACGGCACACAAUCAGCUGCUGAAGCAAAUCCAGGGCGGUGUGCAGCUGAAACCGACCAAGUGUAACGAUCGCAGCAAACCGAUCCUCGGCGGCCUGCGCAAGUUCCGCCGCCAGAUGACGCUCGAGGAGCAGCUGGCCAAGUCGGAGUCGCGCGCCAACCUCGAGGCGCCCCCGGCCGAGGAAGAGGAGCUGGACGAGCUGGACGACAUCGACAAGGUGCGGGACGAUCUGCAGAGCACCAAGCAGAUGCUUGCGCACGAGCUGCGCAACAACGAGGCACUGGAGCGCGAAAACAAGCGGCUGCAGGCCCGGGUACAGAACCUCGAGGCCGAGCUGUCCCGGGAGCGAUGGAACCCGCUGAGCGGCGAGGAACGGACCACCGUUACCGGUCCCCAGUCCGAUCUAAUACAGUCGCUCAAGGACGAAGCACUGGAGGCGCAGAAGCAGUCGCAGCAGCUGGAGGAAAAAUAUCAAACAGUGGCCAAGGAGCUGGCCACGGCCUACAAGCAGACGGAAGAGCAGAAGCGAAAGAUCGCCGAACUUGAGCGCAAACUCCAGUGCUUAACGGACGAUGACUUCUACUUGAACGAGCAUCAGGGCAUUACGGACGAUCGCAGAGCGACCGAGUCGGCCCAGAAGGAAAGCUCACCGGAACUGCAGCCCGAGGAGGAGGAAGAGGAGGAGGAAGAGGAGGACGAGGAAAAGAAGGCUGAAAAGCUGGCCAAGCGGUUGAACCGCGAGGUCAACAUGCUGCAGGCCCGGCUCACGAGAUUGAAGGAGAAGCAGGAGGAAAAGCAUGCCGAACGGCAGGCGUUAAAGUAUGCCAUGAAAACCAACCAGUAUGCCCUCAAGGCUGAGAAGAAGAAGUAUAAGAAGCUUCAGAAGGAGGUGGAAAAAAUGGCCGCCAUGAUGAAGCUGGAGGAUGACGAUGAUGAAAAUGCCGAAGCCAAGGAACCACCGCCGGAGGAACCGGAAGACGAGCAGGAAGAGGAGGAAGAGGAGGAGGAAAGUGAAUCGGAGGAAUCGGAAUCGGAAAGCGAAAAUGAGAGUGAAAAUGAAGCAGAGGAUGCUCCGGAUGAUAAGAAGAAGAUCAACCUUGAACCACGAGUCAAACGGCACGAGGCUCGGCUGGCCUCGCUGAAGAAGGGCAACUACUUGCUGCAGGCCAACGUCGAUCGUAUUAAGGACGAGAUUAGCAAGGUGCGCGAGGAGUGCUGCACGCUGCAGACGGACCUGGACAACGUCAUAGCGGACUUGGGCUGAUAAUGGCGGUCCCUUCCUUCGACCCGUCGCCAUCCCCCCCGGGGGGUGUGCUACCGAUCCAAUCUUUACCGAAAUAGUAACACACAGGACACCAGCUACGUACGAGGAGCUGGUGCAAAUGUAUCGUUUCCUAGGUACAAUACGGAAACAGGGAGGGAGGAGCGAACCACCGGUGUUUAGCAAAACCCGUGGCAGCGCUUACACAUAAUCAAAUGGACAAAUAAGCAUUCGCUUCUGAAAAUAUUAUUCGCAUCAGCCAACCUGCUGACCUGGGUGGCGCCGCACGUAAAUACAAGUAUUUUUGUACAUCGUUACUUUUGUAUACACACACACACGCAUAAUAAACUUACCUUUAAUGUACGAUA